GUCGUCAUUACUAAAAACAAAAAGUGGGGUGUUGUUUGUUAAGUGAAGUAAUUUUUACUAAAAACAUGGAGAUUAUUUUUUGUUUAUAAUAUAAUCUUUUCAUCUCCUGUAUAAACGUAUUUUAUACCCGUUAUAUAUUUCUCGUACAAUGCACGGAGUAAUCUAAAAAGUAAAGUAGAAAAAAACAAAAUGGGAAAAUUGAGACUUCAAAGUUUUAUAGUAUAGUUUGAAACUUGACCGCAGCUGCUAGUGAAACACUCCCUUGCCCCUCUUCAUUUCUCACCGGCGCCACUGCCGCCGCUGCCCCCGGUUCUUCUUCGCUAACCGUGUACAAUACCAGUUUUCCUUCGCCUUCGUCGGUAUCUAAGAAGUGAAAUCCUUACUUCAUGAAGUUCUUCUGCAAGAGCUUCCAUAGGAUUUUCAAUGUGAUCAGCCAUGAAGGGUCCAAUUAACUGUAUGAAAAGAUUUCAUCGUUUAGCUAAGCUAUCAAAGGGAGGAAGCUCUGUUCUUGGAUGGCGAGGAAUUGAAUUGUUUGCUGCUGAAAAGAAUUUUGGCAUUGCAGGGAGUAUUUUGGCUCUAGAGAGAUGCACAAAUUCCACAUCCUGUAGAUAUAAUUACAGCACAAAAAAUGGCUCAGACUUGAGCAGAGAUUUUUUUGUCCAGCAAUGGCUUGAGGGUCGUAAAAUAAGAAAUGCUGAUGCUAAAAGGCGGAAUAAAGGUCAACAAUAUGCUGGUAGUCGGUCUUCCCAAGGAUCAUUGCGGAGACUUUUUUCUGGUGGAUUUGAUUCUUAUGAUGGGGCAAAGCGUCCCUUGAGGCAACCACCGAUGAGUGAGCCUGUUACUGGGUAUCUGAAACCUACAUCGAUAGAGGAGGCACAUCUUGCUCCUCUUUUGGCGAGAUCCAACUUGCUGAUUACUAGGGAUAUAGAAUGGGCAAAUCUUGCGUUUGGUUUUGAGCAGGAGAACCAGUAUGCCAUAGUUGACGUUUAUUACCCCCAUUCACCUGUAGGUUAUAUCCGGGAGCAGAGUAAUCUGAUCAUGAGACAGCUUCUGCGUUCAAGGCGUCCUUUUGUGGCAUACAUCACUGAUGCUUUGGGAAAUGAGCUCUUUAGGGUUCGCAGGCCUUUUUGGUGGAUAAACAGUUCAAUUUACACCGAGGUUAAUGGAAAGGAGAUUGGUGUUGUUCAUAGACGGUGGCAUUUGUGGAAGAGAAUUUAUGACUUAUACUUAGGGAAUGAGCAAUUUGCGGUUGUUGAGAAUCCUGGAUUCUGGAACUGGACCUUCACACUGAAGGACAUCAAUGGGGAUGUGCUGGCGGAAAUAGAUCGUAACUGGAGGGGUUUCGGCUUUGAGCUUCUCACUGAUGCUGGCCAGUAUGCUAUUCGAUUUGGCACAACUGAUUCCAGUAAACACCAUGGAGAGGAUCAACAAUUAGAAGUGAAGCAUCCUCUGACUCUGGCACAGAGAGCUGUGGCGGUUGCACUGGCUAUCUCUUUAGAUAAUGACUAUUUCUCCAGACAUGGAGGCUGGUAAGUUUUUUGAUCUCGACAAUAAGAAAAAAAAAUGGAGUGCUCGGCAUUAAAUUUUUCAUUUGGAAACAGAAAGAAUAUGCACCCAGAAAAAACAUCGGUACACUAUUUGAUGCCAAUGUUAUGUUUCAGAAAACAUUGAUUGUCUGGGGCACAUUUUGUUUUCUCGCACUUAUCUGAUUCAUGUUUCGAGCAUGCUCAAUACCUAUCUCUGUCGAAACAAAUUUUUUUUUGCUCAAGUUAUAUUAAGAUGGAAGUCUCAUUCAUGGUUCUCAGAGGGCGCCGGAUGAGUAUUUAAGCGAAUUCAUAUUAGAUCCAAGGCCAUUCGCUGUGGCCCUUUGAUGGGUUUUCUAUGCUAACCAGAACAUAAUGUGAACUUACAAAGAUAAGUUUCCAGCUAGCACAAAGUCUUUUCCGCAGUAUACAUUAUAUAGGAUAGUCUAUUUAAAUCAUAUAUUACCAUAGUGUUUCAUCAGAACAUUCUCGACAUCAAAAAAGAUUCACUAGUUGGAAGUGUAAAACUCAUCCUUAUUUAAGGUUAGGUAUGAUUACUUGAAGAGAUUCCUUCCACCCAUCUUUUAAACAAAUUCUUUAUGCUUGAAAGCUUGCUAUUCAAAGGAGGAAUCAAAUUCUAAAAAUGUUUGUAGUGAGCAUCUGGUACAUGUUAUGAAAUCUGCGAUUUGGUGAUCAUAUUCUUGUUUAUGAUUGAGCAUAUUUGCAUAAACUGAGAGAAGUCAGUGGUGAUGAGAUUUGGCUUAGUCAGUAUAGAGCCAAUACAAAUUUGGUGAUUGCCUUGAGAUUGGUUUUCUUCAAUACUGAUAGUAAGCGUUUUUCAUUGCUCUCUCCUCCUACCGUUUUUUAAUGUCUACUCUUUUGUUUACCCAUAAUGUAGAUAACAAUAGGAAGGAAAUGCUGAUUGGGUGUAAAUGGAAAAUAUUACAGGGAAUUCGGGGAUAUUAUUAUUCUUCACUAUUGUACCUUAACUUUUGAAUUCUUAACAUAAUUGUGUUUGCAGGGGCUUUCCUAUCUUUCUAGUAGAAGAGUGAGGUUGCAUUAUCAUCAUCUGCCCUAUAUAUUUCCUAAACAGGCUGUGGUAUGAUAUAAAUCGUCUUUUCAAGUCGAAGGUUUUUCAUUGAGAUCAUAGUUGAUAAUCAGAUGGAUUGUUUCUCCAAAAGCUAGAUUGUGGAUCCGAUGAAAAUUGAUCUGGAACUGGAAUUGCUGCAUUUGUUCUGGUACAUUGUUGUAAAGGGAGAUAUGAUAUGAUACUUGUAGAUCUUAAACAUGUAAAUGCAUGUCGCUUGCAUUUCCUCCUCAAGAGGGUUUUGAAAUUGGAAAGACUCGAAAACUUAAAUUAUAUUAUAUUAUAUAUAAACUUCUAGUUCUUUGUUCAUCUUUUGAUACUAGUCAUGUUUAUCAAGGCAGAGGGCAUGUUUGAAAUAACUUCAAACACCAAAAAUUCUUCUGUGAUCUGCA